AUGUCGAGACGUAAGCAGUCGAAACCGCAGCACAUAAACUCAGACGAGCCGGACUCCGCGCUGAAUGGCAUUCCAGAGGGCGAGGAGCCUGGGACUGAGAUGAAGAGAUUCCGGAUGGAUGAGACACGGGUGUGCAAUGGCUGCUGUGCAGAGUUCUUCGAUGAAGCAGAGUUUUUGGAGCAUGAGAAGAAUUGCACAAAAAAUCAGCAGGUGUUGAUUAUGAAGGAGAGUGGCGGCUCUGUGCCUGAUGACUUCUCGCAGGGGUCUCCUGACGUGAGCGAGCCAGAGGACAUUCAGUCGAGCCCCUCUGUUACCACAGCCCCUGAAGCUGCAGAAAGGGCAGACGAGGAGGGCUCUGCAGAGGACACUGCUCAUACAGACAUGUCAGACCUGGGCUUCUCAUCACCUCAGGACUCUAAUGUGACGCUGGAGGCUUUGGCUGACACUAAAGUGGCUGUGUCCCAGGUGUCAAACAGCUGUGCCCAGGACUCCGCUCAGAUCGUCCCUUUGCUCCUGGAGCAGCUUGUAGUUCUGCAGCAGCAGCAGCUGCAGCAGAUUCAGCUUACAGAACAGAUUCGGAUCCAGAUCGCCAUGAUGACCCCUCAAGGCCUGGCGCCUGGGGCUGUGGACCCUCUGAAGGCCCUGGGAGCGCAUCUGUCUCAGCAGCUCUCUGCAGCAGCUGCUCUAAUCGGGAAGAGAACAGGUAUCCAGGCGCUACCAGUUGAAACCAAACCAGCCAAACUACCUGUGUCCAACAGUGCUCCUACCUCAGCUCUGGGUAAGAUGGAUGUUUUAAAGAGCUUUCCAGAUUUGGCUGGCCGACUACCACCUUUACUGCCCCAGUCACCUGUUAUGAGCUUCUCCACUACCUUCAAUGGAGCUGAUGCUGCUAAAAAGGCAAAGGCCAAACUGCUCAGUCUGCCCACAGAACCAAAGCCCAGUGACCCCCUAUACAAGCACAAGUGUAAAUAUUGUGGAAAAACCUUCGGCAACGACAGCGCGCUGCAAAUCCAUCUGCGCUCGCACACUGGAGAGCGGCCUUUCAAGUGCAACAUCUGUGGGAACCGCUUCACCACCAAAGGAAACCUCAAAGUGCAUUUCCAGAGGCACAAGGACAAGUACCCGAACAUCGCCAUGAACCCCCACCCUGUGCCUGAGCACCUGGACAAUGUGCCCACCAGCAGUGGCAUCCCCUUCGGCAUGUCUGUGCCUCUGGAUGAAUCAAACCUGUGUGACAUAAAGUUGCCCUCUGGUCUGCCUACUUUUAUUGGCUCUGAGGGCUUUUCACAAAGGCCGUCCCCAUCCACCAGCGAAGGAUCCCCCUCUGUUUUCCCUGACUCUGGGUUGGACCAGAUGCACAAAGACUCCAAAGACGUUCUGGGGGAGCUGCACUCCAUGAACGGCAAUGGGCAUCCUGCAGAAAGUUCUGGAACAGCGAAACUACAGCAGAUGGUGGACGGGUUGGAGAAGAGGACAAACGAUCCAAAUGAGUGUCUGAUCUGUCAUCGUGUCCUCAGCUGCCAGAGCUCUCUGAAGAUGCAUUAUCGCACACACACUGGCGAGAGGCCUCACAAGUGCAAAAUAUGUGGCCGGGCCUUUUCCACAAAGGGAAACCUCAAGGCUCAUUAUGGAGUGCACCGUGCAAACACACCGCUAAAAAUGCAACACUCCUGUCCCAUUUGUCAAAAGAAAUUCACCAAUGCGGUGGUCUUGCAGCAGCACAUCCGCAUGCACAUGGGUGGACAGAUCCCAAACACACCAGUUAUAGAAAAUCAAUUUGAAGCUGCUGAGGCCAUGGACUCUUCCCUCCCAGAUGAGAAGUCUAUGGACACGAGUGGAUUUGAGACCACAAUGGAGGACCAUCAAGAGGCAGAGCUAAUCAAUGAGAAGCCACAUGAAUCAUCUGUGCCCAUUACUCCAGCUUCAGAAGAGAACCUGCCUGCUCCCAGUGCUUUCUCCAGUUUAGAUGUGCUCAAAAACCUCACCUCAGCACUCUCCUUGAAGCGCCAAACAAGCACAACGUCUGAAAGUGAGCUGACACCCAAGGAGUCUCCAUCUGCUCCCAGAGAGGCGGAGUAUCAAACCGGCUGCAGCCCCAACAUUUCAGACGCCGCCAUGUCGACAUCUCCGGUGAACCCAGGCCUGGUGAAUGGGAAGUCUCCCAGCUCAGAGUUCAACAGCAGCGCAUCUAAGCCAGAGUCUGAUCCUGGGGUCCAUGAAGGAAAUGAGACGACUGGAGCUCUCGACCUCACUUCCUCCACAAGUUUCACCCCCAAAUCAAUCAAAGAAGAGCCCAUCACCCCUUUCACAAAUGGAGACUACAGUCAAAGCAGCAUGUCCUUUAUGAGAAUACCUCCCAGUCUGACCAGUCUAGAGAUGAAACUUCCGCCUGAAAACCCUCUUGGUGCACACGGCCUGUUCAGCUCCCACAUGCCGCAGGGAACAUCCAUGGCCUCUACAAUGGCAGCGGUCCCGAGGCGACAGAGCAAGCAGCAUCUGUGUAACGCAUGUGGCAAGAACUUCUCCUCAGCCAGCGCCCUGCAGAUCCACGAACGCACCCACACUGGGGAGAAGCCGUUUGCGUGUCACAUCUGCGGACGAGCCUUCACCACCAAGGGAAACCUCAAGGUUCACAUUGGAACACACAUGUGGAACAACACCUCUCGCCGUGGCCAGCGUCUGUCUCUGGAAAACCCCAUGGCUCUAAUGGCGAUGACCACCGAGCCCAAAAUGCUCCCCACCCCUAAGGAUCUGGCCACUCCACCUCCACCCCACCUCAACUUCGAUCCUUCCCUCUGGAACCAGUAUGCAGCUGCCUUUAGCGGGGGUCUGACCAUGAAGGCCAACGAGAUUUCUGUCAUCCAGGGAGGAGGCAUUCCGAUCCCAGGCAGCCCAGCGAGGGUGCCUCUGAUCGGCCUCCGUCAGUGGAGCAGCGAACCCCGCCCAGAGACGCCUCUUUGUCGGACUGUCACCGCGGCCUCCCUCGAUGCCAGGAGAAUGGCCGACAGCAUUCCUCUGCAGCCUGUCAGACGGCCAAAAAGACAGGACAAUAAAAACAGAAAUGGGUGCUGCCCGUGGUCACGAUGCUGUGGCCUGGGGGAGCUGCGUCCGCGCACAGUGUGGUUAGGACAUCCAGAGAAAAGGGAGCAAAGAUAUCCCAGAAACGUCAUCAACAACCAGAAAUACAACUUCUUCACCUUCUUACCAGGGGUGCUUUUUAAUCAGUUCAAAUACUUCUUCAACUUGUAUUUCCUGCUACUCGCCUGCUCCCAGUUUGUGAAUGAGCUGCGAUUAGGAGCUCUCUACACGUACUGGGUCCCUCUGGGUGUGGUGAUGCUCAUCACUAUUUUACGAGAGGCCGUGGAUGAGAUCCGCUGUUACCUGCGCGACAAAGAAGUCAACUCACAAAUUUACAGCAAACUCUCGACCAGAGGGACGGUGAAGGUGAAGAGCAGCGGGAUUCAAGUUGGAGACCUCAUUCUUGUGGAAAAGAACCAGCGUGUUCCAGCAGAUAUGAUCUUUUUAAGGACCUCCGAGAGAAACGGCUCCUGUUUCCUGCGCACAGAUCAACUGGAUGGAGAAACAGACUGGAAACUGCGCCUCCCAGUGGCCUGUACGCAGCGGCUGCCCACUGCUGGAGAUCUUCUACAAAUCAGAUCGUACGUUUAUGCUGAAGAACCAAACAUUGACAUCCAUAAUUUCAUUGGCACUUUCACAAGGGAAGAUGGUGACCACCCAGUGAACGAAAGUCUCAGCAUCGAAAACACCUUGUGGGCAAGCACUGUUGUUGCUUCUGGCACUGUGGUGGGGGUGGUGAUUUACACUGGGCGAGAGCUGCGCAGCGUCAUGAACACCUCCAAUCCCAGAAACAAGGUGGGCUUGUUUGACCUGGAGGUGAACUGUCUCACUAAAAUCUUGUUUGGGGCCCUGGUGAUGGUUUCCAUGGUGAUGGUUGCGCUACAACGUUUCGCUGGACGCUGGUACCUACAGAUCCUUCGCUUCCUGUUGCUGCUCUCACACAUCGUCCCCAUCAGUUUGCGAGUGAACCUGGACAUGGGGAAGAUGGUUUUCAGCUGGAUGAUAAAGAAAGACUCUAAGAUUCCGGGGACCGUUGUUCGUGCGAGUACCAUCCCAGAACAACUGGGACGCAUUUCCUACCUCCUGACCGACAAGACAGGGACAUUAACUCAGAAUGAAAUGGUUUUCCGCCGUCUACAUCUGGGGACUGUGGCCUACGGGAUGGACUCCAUGGACGAAGUACAGAGCCACGUGUUCAGUGCAUACACUCAGCCCACACACGACCUUCCGGCCUCCAGAGCUCCGGGAGCCACUAAAGUGAGAAAGACGAUCAGCAGCCGCGUGCACGAGGCAGUGAAAGCCAUCGCUUUGGUGCACAACGUGACGCCAGUGUAUGAGGCCAACGGAGUCACCGACCAGGCAGAGGCCGAGCAGCACUACGAGGACACGUGCAGAGUGUACCAGGCGUCCAGUCCCGAUGAGGUGUCGCUGGUGCAAUGGACUGAGAGCGUGGGACUGACUCUUGUGGGACGGGACCAGUCUUCCAUUCAGCUGAGGACCCCUACUGGACAAAUUCUGAACUUUACCAUCCUGCAGAUUUUUCCCUUCACCUACGAGAGCAAGAGGAUGGGGAUCAUUGUGCGGGACGAAUCGAACGGCGAGAUCACUUUCUACAUGAAGGGAGCAGAUGUGGUGAUGGCUGGGAUCGUCCAGUACAACGACUGGCUGGAGGAGGAGUGUGGAAACAUGGCACGUGAAGGCCUGAGGGUCCUGGUUGUUUCCAAGAAGUCACUGACAGAGGAGCAGUACCAGGAUUUUGAGGCACGGUACGUUCAGGCCAAGCUGAGCGUUCACGACCGCUCCCUGAAGGUGGCCACAGUGAUCGAGAGCCUGGAGAUGGAGAUGGAGCUGCUGUGUCUGACCGGAGUGGAGGACCAGCUGCAGACUGAUGUCCGACCCACACUAGAGAUCCUUCGUAACGCAGGCAUCAAGGUUUGGAUGUUGACAGGGGACAAACUUGAGACGGCCACGUGCACGGCGAAAAACGCCCAUUUGAUCACACGCUCCCAGGACAUCCACAUUUUCAGACCUGUGACCACACGAGGAGAGGCCCACCUGGAGCUCAACGCUUUCAGAAGGAAACACGACUGCGCUCUGGUCAUAUCCGGAGACUCGCUCGAGGUUUGUCUGAAAUAUUACGAGUAUGAGUUCAUGGAGCUGGCGUGUCAAUGUCCCGCGGUUGUGUGCUGCCGAUGUGCUCCCACCCAGAAGGCCCAGAUUGUUCGGUUACUUCAAGAACGCACCGGAAAACUCACCUGUGCUGUGGGAGACGGAGGAAACGACGUGAGUAUGAUCCAGGAAGCGGACUGUGGCGUGGGAGUGGAGGGCAAAGAGGGCAAACAGGCGUCUCUGGCUGCAGAUUUCUCUGUGACGCAGUUCAAACAUUUGGGCCGACUCCUCAUGGUCCACGGUCGAAACAGCUACAAGAGAUCAGCAGCUCUGAGCCAGUUUGUGAUCCACCGCAGCCUCUGCAUCAGUACUAUGCAGACUGUCUUCUCCUCUGUGUUCUAUUUCGCCUCUGUGCCGCUGUAUCAAGGAUUCCUGAUUAUCGGUUAUUCUACCAUCUACACCAUGUUCCCUGUUUUUUCUCUGGUUCUUGAUAAAGAUGUGAAGUCUGAAGUCGCCAUGUUGUAUCCAGAGUUAUACAAAGAUUUGCUAAAGGGUCGACCGUUGUCCUACAAGACAUUUCUAAUAUGGGUUAUAAUCAGUAUCUACCAAGGCAGUAUGUUGAUGUACGGCGCUCUCCUGCUCUUUGACUCGGAGUUUGUGCACGUCGUGGCCAUCUCCUUCACGUCCCUCAUCCUCACAGAGCUCCUCAUGGUGGCUCUGACCAUCCAGACCUGGCACUGGUUCAUGAUCGUGGCCGAGCUGCUGAGUCUGGCCUGUUACAUCGCCUCCCUCGUCUUUCUGCAUGAGUUCAUAGACGUGUACUUCAUCACCACAGUGUCGUUCUUGUGGAAGACGACCAAUCAGAGCUCAGAUCAGCACUGCACUCUCAUCCCUCAACAGUUUGUCUAG